AUGUAUCACCUCUUAAAAGGCUUCCAUGAGUACUUGACGAGGAAAGAAGAGUUUUCAGUGAUUAUCAUCGGCCUUGAUGGUGCUGGCAAAACCACACUUCUGGAGAAAAUAAAGACUCUAUAUAACGAGACUCCUGGGCUUGACCCGUCCAAGAUUGGCCCGACUGUGGGGCAAAAUACUGGCAAAAUAUCUCUCCCAUCCAGUAUCAUCAACUUCUUCGACCUCGGAGGACAACGCGGUAUUCGGUCCAUCUGGCACAGAUACUAUGACGACUGUCACGCCGUAGCGUACGUUAUCGAUGCGCAGGACCGAGAGAGGCUCAGUGAGGGCUGGGAAGUCUUUGACACAGUUCUUUCUUCCCCUCAAACGCUUAACAUCCCCCUCUUACUCCUCGCAAACAAACAAGAUUCCCCUUCAAGCCUCAGCGUUUCAGAGAUAAGGCAGGAUUAUGAAGAUUGGGAUCAGAGGAGGAGGGAGAGCGCGAGGAGGAGGUUUGGCGAGGACGAGGAUGCGGAAAUGGAGAGGAAACGGGAGAGGAUUGCUAGUUUGGAUGUUUUGGGAGUUUCGGGGCUUGAUGGAGCUGGCGUUCGCGAGGCCGUGGAUUGGUUGUUCUUACGUGUGCAGAAUAGUAGACGUGACUUGGGGGAUCGAUAG